AUGCCGUUUGCUCAGAUUGUUAUUGGCCCACCGGGUUCAGGCAAGUCCACUUAUUGUAACGGCUGCUCACAGUUCUUCAAUGCCAUUGGGAGACAUUCUCAGGUGGUGAACAUGGAUCCCGCUAAUGAUGCUUUGCCUUAUCCUUGUGCUGUGGAUAUCAGAGAUUUUAUAACGUUGGAAGAGAUUAUGCAAGAGCAACAGUUAGGCCCCAAUGGUGGUUUAAUGUAUGCAGUCGAAUCCUUGGAUAAGUCUAUUGAUUUGUUUUUAUUACAGAUCAAAUCGCUUGUAGAAGAAGAAAAAGCCUAUCUUGUAUUCGACUGUCCAGGCCAGGUCGAGUUAUUUACUCAUCACUCAUCCUUAUUCAAUAUAUUUAAGAAAAUGGAGAAAGAAUUGGACAUGAGGUUCUGUGUAAUAAACUUGAUUGACUGUUUUUACAUGACGUCACCCUCACAAUAUGUCUCAAUUUUACUGCUUGCACUAAGAUCCAUGUUGAUGAUGGAUCUGCCCCACAUAAAUGUUUUUUCUAAGAUAGAUAUGUUGAAAUCAUAUGGAGAACUACCAUUUAGACUAGAUUAUUAUACAGAGGUACAGGAUCUAGAUUAUUUGGAACCGUAUAUUGAAAAAGAAGGCUCUAGUGUAUUAGGAAAGAAAUACAAUAAGUUGACCGACGCAAUCAAAGAGCUUGUUUCUGAUUUUAACUUGGUUUCCUUUGAGGUUUUGUCCGUGGAUGACAAAGAAAGUAUGAUAAAUCUCCAGGGUGUGAUUGAUAAAGCAAAUGGCUACAUAUUUGGUGCGUCUGAGGUUGGUGGUGAUACAGUGUGGGCAGAGGCUUCUAGGGAAGGUGCUCUUUUAACAAGUUACGAUAUUCAAGAUAGGUGGAUAGAUAAUAAGGAAAAGUAUGACAAAGAAGAAGAAGAGAAACGUGUAAUCUUGUUAAAAGAGCAAGAGCUGCAAAAUAAAGCAGUUGACGUGAAUGAAGACGAUGAGUGGGAAAGUGCGCUCAAGGAAUGGGAAGAAAAACAAGGUAUGGAUUUUGUUAGAUAG